AUGUCGGUGCAAUUUCCUCCUCCUGAGUUGGCGAAUAUUUCUCCAAAACUCCGUUUCCUCAUCGAAUAUUAUGAUAAAACAGUCUGUGCCUCAAUGGUUGCCUUCGACGGUCCUGGUAAUCCAUAUAGACAACAAAUCCUUCCAAUGGCAUUCAAGAACGAAGCUCUUAUGGAGGCAAUUUAUGCUCUUUCUACCAGUCAUUUAGAUUCAAAAAAGAAAGGCGCACUCUCACUCGAAAGAAGAACCAGCACAGAUUCUCCGAAAAGCGUUUCUCCCAUGCACUCUCAUUCGCCUUCGUCUCCUGUCUCUCCAGGCCAUCAAUCAUUUCCUGAUUCUCAUCAGGGACUACAUCUACUGUCUGCCGUUGCUCCGGUGGUAAAAGAGAAGUCUGCAACCGCACUCAGUCAUAAGAACAACUCCAUUCAUCUUCUCAACGCACAACUUACUAUCCCCGAACUUGCGAAGUCAGACUCGGCGAUGGCCACUCUGUUGAUCUUGUUGUUUUAUCACAUCAGUGAGACAGGUAUCGGGCAGUUUAAGACACAUCUUGCGGGAGUCAAAAAGUUAAUGGGAAUGAGAUGUGUUGGAAAGGAGACGGGAAUCUGGGGUUGGAUGGAGACUGUGUUUACUUGGCUUGACAACAUGAGCGCUUCAAUCAACAACAGAGAGGCGCAAUUAAGAGGCGGAUACCUCGACAUGAUUUUUUCAUCGAAUGAUGACUGGGACCUGGAAAGUUUGACGGGCUGUGACAGGGAGUUGUUUAUGCGAUUGGCUGGACUGGGAAGAAUCAACAUGUUGAGUCAGAUGCCAACGGUUGCCAGUGACAGCCAUGGCAGAAAUAUGGAAGAGGAUGAUGGGAUCACCGAGCCUUUCAGAGAUGAGAAUGAUGGAAGAGAUGAGUUUUGGUUGGCCUGGAACGCUAUAAAGAAAGAUCUUUGCGAAUGGAGACCCACAGCUAUCUAUGCAGCCACACCCUCACGCCACUCGUCAACAGAAGCCAGCCCCUCAAGGCCUUUGGAAGUACCGAUUCCUUCGCCCACUUCAUCAAGUUAUUCAAUGUCCCCCCCACCACCACUAUCGGCUGGAAGUCCGAGAAGAAAGUCAUCUAAGGCACACGAAGCUGUCGAGAUCAAUCAUUGGCUGCAUGCGUCUAAUGUUUACCGCUACGCAGCCAUUUUAUAUAUCGAUCGACUUGCCUAUCCACAUCUACCUUCGUCGCAUUCUAUAUUCCAGAAUACAGUCAGAGAGGUUCUUGAUCAUGUCAACUGCAUCUCUAACUCUAGGCUUGGUCACAGGCUCCUCUGGCCUCUUUUUAUCACUGGAACAGAGUGCGUUGUAGAUGCUCAUAGAAAUAUGAUCAGGGAACGCUGUGUGGAGAUGCAACGUGAAUGUGGUUUCUUCAACAAAGUUUCUGGUCUUGAUGUGUUAGAGAAAAUAUGGAGCGAAGACAUCAUUGAGGAGGACCGGGGUCAUCUGGGAAAUGGAAUGUUUGCUGGAGCAAAGAAAAUGGGGAAUAUCAGCCCGAGUGUUGGUGGGAGAGGCCUGAGGUGGAGGAAGGUCACGGGUCACGAGGAUGCUGAGUAUUUGAUGAUAUAA